AUGUUCGCCAGCAGAGCUUCAACUAGAGCCCUUUUGAGUCGUAAUGCUCAGAGAGUGAGACCCAGGCGAGAUUUCACUGUCUCCACUCGCUACUGUGCUAUCGAGGCACAUAGAAUCGCCCAAGGCGGAAACCACAAGGCCUCAGGAUGGUCUCAACCAAAGGUCUUGGCAGUUGCUGUUGGAGCUGGUGCUCUUGGAUGGGGACUUGCCAGUUUCACUGGAGAUAACGACUCCAAAAAGUCUAUAUGGGAUCAGCCAUCUGUACCUCGUUACGCUACGUUGCCCGAGAUGGAGAAGGCCAUUCGACGAAUUGAGAGUGAGGUUGGAAUAGAAGGUUUCAUCUCUACAGACCCGGAAGACCUACUUGCACAUGGCUAUUCUGAAUGGUCAACCGUCAACCCGGAUACCUUGCCUGUGGCUGUCGCAUAUCCCAGAACCACAGAACAGGUGUCUGCGAUAGCUAGAAUCUGCCAUGAGCACAGCAUUCCUAUCAUUCCUUAUUCCGGGGGGUCAAGCUUAGAGGGUAACUUCUCUGCCCCUUACGGAGGAAUUAGUGUGGAUUUUGCCUAUAUGGACCAGAUCAUCGAGUUCAACAAGGACGAUAUGGAUAUUGUAGUUCAACCCAGUAUUGGUUGGCAAGACCUAAACGCGAAGUUAUUGAAAAUGGAAAGUGGUCUAUUCUUUCCGGUUGAUCCUGGCCCAUCGGCAAAAAUAGGAGGCAUGAUCGGAACGAACUGCUCUGGUACCAACGCUGUUAGAUACGGUACGAUGAAGGAUUGGGUUAUCAACUUGACCGUAGUCCUCUCAGACGGACGUAUUAUCAAAACCAGACGCAGACCGCGAAAGUCUUCUGCUGGAUAUAACUUGAACGGACUGUUUGUUGGCUCUGAGGGUACUCUGGGUAUUGUCACAGAAGCCACACUCAAGUUAGCCGUUAUCCCAGAGCAGUAUUCAGUUGCUGUAGUCACAUUCCCCACCAUCAGAGAUGCAGCUGCAGCCGCGGCCGGCGUUAUGCAGACCGGUAUUCCUGUUGCAGCGAUGGAGAUAAUGGACGAAGUUCAGAUGAAAGUUAUAAACCUUGGCGGUGCUACAAAGCCUCGAGUCUGGAAGGAAUCGCCGACUCUGUUUUUCAAGUUUUCCGGGACCAAAGAGGGUGUGAAAGACAACAUCAACAGGGUUCAAAAGAUCGCGGCAGCUAAUAAGGGUGGUAACUUUGAGUUUGCUCGGGAUGCCGCUGAGCAGCAGCUGCUCUGGUCUGCUAGGAAAGAGUCUCUUUGGUCCAUGCUCUCGCUGCGCAAGACCGGUGACGAUGUUUGGAGUACUGAUGUCGCCGUUCCAUUCAGCAGACUAGCUGACAUUAUAGAGGUCAGCAAGAAAGAGAUGGACGAGCUUGGUCUUUUCGCCAGCAUCCUCGGCCACGUUGGCGACGGCAACUUCCACGAGAGCAUCAUGUACAACAAAAAUGUGCCUGGCGAACGCCAAAAGGUCGAAGCAUGUGUCAAGAACAUGGUGAAGCGCGCGCUCGACAUGGAAGGUACUUGCACAGGAGAGCACUCUAUCGGCUGGGGCAAAAAGGAGAGUUUGCUCUGGGAGGUUGGGCCAGAGACUCUGGCGGUCAUGGCGUCAGUGAAGAAGGCAUUCGAUCCGAAAUGGAUCUUGAAUCCCGGAAAGAUUAUAGAUGUGCCGGGGGAGAACAUUGUGUAUCUUGGGGCCAGUGCAGCUGUGACGCCAAACAGAGUCGUGAGAGACUUGGUCCGACAGGGAUGA